UAGUUAGAAAACCUCCGCGGUAGUAACCGGUGCGCCUUCCACUCUAUACUUACCUCUCUAGAUGGUUUAGUCAAAACAGCAUCCGUGAAUUUUCUCUGCUUUUGGACUUUAAAAUACCACAAGACUACUCACACAAUGUCUGCCAUGUCCUAACAACUGGAUUCAACGGACAAAGAAGAUCACCCCGCACUCUUCGGUUGUUUUUUUCACUUAAUUCCCUCCCUCCCCUCCCUCCUCCCCUCCCCCAUCCGCAGUCCCACCGGCCAUUGGUUUUUCCGUUUCUCCGAGUCCCUAUAAUAAUUUUCCUCAUUUAUUUUGAUUCUUUUGUGGAAGUGGUCAAAUGUUACUGUGAAUUAUUCUGUGGAAUUUAGUGGUGAUGCCUCUUGUGGAUGGAAGACACUGUGGCUACUGGAUUUUACUGGAGAUGAGGCUCUGAUUGGGUCUGUGUGUAUGUGGGGAGAGGGGAAAAUAAUUGGCACAGGCCGACGACCGAAGUUUAUUAUUUUUUAAGAUAUUUUUUAGUGUUAACGGGAUGUGCCUGGGGAAAGUUGAAGUGUGAUCGAGUGAUUGGUUUCAUCGGUGUUGGGAUUUUGGAAUAUUUUUUUGGAGACACUCGACCAUUCUUGAUAACUCUGCACCGCCCCUUCUGCCUUACCGACGAGAUAAAAAGGACUGGGAGAUGAUAAAGAUUUUUGGGGGAGGAAUUUGGGGAUUUUUGGAGGGGCAAGGUGAUGAAUUUUGAUGGUCAGGGAGGAGAGGAAUAGCUGGGCCUGUGGUGAUUGCCGACGGUUGGAUUUUACGACUGUGUCGUCCACGCGGAGGUCGAAGAUAUCAAGGACAACGUGCUGAGGAGGAUGGUAGAGGGAUCGUGAGAAGAUUGAUGUUUUUUUUCAUAUUUUUUUUUGUUUUUACGAAUACAAGGACAACGGGGAGAUCGCGGGAGUUAAUAUGAGCAUGACUCUCGUGCGAAAUACGUUCAAAGGGUGCAAUGAGGACGGUACCAGCGCAGAAGUAGCUGAGGUGGGCGGUUGCGCGUCAGGUGGGACGAGUACCGGUGAGAGUGGUUCAGCCAAACAGGACGAGCGUUGUCCACAGUGCGGUAUACUUUGCCAUAAUAUCCACGUUCUUCAGCUCCAUCUUGAGGAUGCCCACAAAUCCUCAUUCGUUAUUGAUAAACACGACUUAGGUGCUCAAUUUUCCCAAGUUUCUUGCAAAGUCUGCAGCAAAACAUUUGCCAACGUUUACCGAUUACAAAGGCAUAUGAUUAGCCAUGACGAGAGCGCAGUUUUGCGCAAAUUCAAGUGCCCACAUUGUGAGAAAGCGUUCAAAUUUAAGCAUCAUUUGAAGGAACAUCUUCGAAUUCACAGUGGUGAGAAGCCUUUUCAAUGCAAUAACUGUGGAAAACGUUUUUCCCACUCGGGUUCGUACUCCAGUCACAUGACAUCGAAAAAGUGCCUAAUAGUGAACCUGAAAAAAUCUCGAAGUCACCCAGUGCACUCAGACCGUCCGAAGAAGUCGCCUCCCCAGCAGCCGCCACUACCACGAAUCCGAGAGGACCAACAUACUCAGAACAACAACACUUUCCUCCCAAUUCUCCCGAAACUCUCGCCUUCUGAUUAUCAAGACCUCCAGAGGGAUAACUCCAGCAUCUAUGAUAUGCCAACACUUCUCCCCCAGAUGAUGGGACUGGGAAACUAUUUUCUGCAGUCGUCGAUAGGAAAACUUCUCAAUCAACUCCAUCACAAACGUCUUGAUGAAAUGACAGAGCAAUUUGAGUCCCACAGGGAGAUCCAAAGCCCAUCGACAGGGGACUCUGAGGAGGCGGAGGUCGAUGACAAGUACUCAUCAACUCCCAGUGAUCCUCAAGGUCUUGAUGCUGUUCGAAGAAUUCUGGAGACUGUCAAUACUUCUGUUACUAAACAAUUGCUCGAAGCGAAUGUCAGGAAAUUAUCAAACUCUCCGAAACCGAUCAGGGAGGUGAUGGAUCAGGAUCAGGACUCGGAGAUGUCUGGAGAGACUUCCAAUUGGCAGGACUGGCAGUCUGGGGAUCAGUAUGAUUCGCAGAGUGAAGGACUAGCUGCUAAACUCGAAGAUGCGAGUCAAUCGAGUGCAAGUAAGAGCAGACCUGGCAAGAGAAAGGCUGACGACAUCCCUGAGAGUUCAAUCGAAGGUGAUUCUGAGGACGAGGACGAGGUGAGAGCUCCUGGGGACAGCGGCAGAAGAGUCAGGGCUCGAUCUCUCAUCGAUGAGGAGCAACUGGCUGUCCUCAAGGGCUACUAUCAGAUCAAUCCACGACCCAAGAAGGACGAAAUCGUCAUGAUCGCGAAUUACAUUAAUUUCCCAACCCGAGUCGUUCAGGUCUGGUUCCAGAAUUCAAGGGCUAGGGAUCGCAGGGAGUCCAGAAUUCCGGCUUUGCUUCCUUUAUCCAGCAUUGGUAAUCACGCCGGCUUUGAACAGCCCUUGGACCUUUCCAAGAAGGAGGUGGUGAUUGUGGAGAAGGAGAAUGACGUCUUAAGGAGGACUGCGGUACCUGGAGACAAGGAGAGCAAUGGAGGAAUCUCAGGGAAUGGUGAGGAUACUGAAGAGGCACCACUUGUUAUUGAUGAGGAAACUGUCGACUCGGGGGAUAUUAAAAAAGAAGUGUGCGCUGGGGGGGAUGUUAUCGUAAAGCAAAGUCCAUCAAGAGCUCAUGUGAAGACUGAGCGCGACAGGCCAGCAUCGACAGAAGCACCAGCAAUGACAGAGAAUGAGCAAGAGGGAGUUUACGUGUGUGAUCAGUGUGACAAGACGUUCUCGAAGCACAGCUCAUUAGCCAGACACAAGUAUGAACAUUCCGGACAACGACCAUACAAAUGUGAAGAAUGCCCUCGUGCAUUCAAGCACAAGCACCACCUGACCGAGCACAAGCGUCUCCACACAGGUGAAAAACCCUUCCAGUGCUCAAAGUGCCUAAAACGUUUCUCCCACUCUGGCUCAUACAGCCAGCACAUGAAUCACCGUUACUCCUACUGCAAGCCCUACAGAGAAUAAAAAUUUCCAUCUCCAUCGUCGAUAAAGUGCUCAGCCCCAGCUUCAAGUAAGUAAUAAAACCAUGAAAAGCCAAUUCCCCCUUAGCAUCGAUCCCAGGGGGAGGCUGAAUACGCAGAGCAAAACAAUAAACUCAAGAUAUUAACGAGACAUCACAUACAACGAUAGCACUAGCACUCUUUUGAGUGCUCACUCGAGCAAUCGAGUGAAGAGAGAAAAAACCAUUGAACAAUAAUUAAAAGGCCUCAAUACGAGUUAACAAAGAAAUAAAAUAAAAAAUAAAACAAAAUAAGAUAUUAAAAUUUAUUACAACAACACGUAACGGUACCAAAAAUACAUAAUGCAAUAAUCUAUUAUAUAAAGUAUAUAAUAUACAUAAUAUUUUAUUAUUUUUAUUAAAAAAAAUUAUAUAUACCAUGACAAUAAAAUGAAAAAUGAAACUAAUUAAUGUACAAAUUUGUUAGCCACGUUCACUUUGGGAUGUGAGAUUAAUUAUUCAAGGAUUCAACAUCUGAUAAAUAAAUUUUUGCUUGUCAAUGGAAUAUGAAUAAUAAAUAAAUAAUUAAGAGGCAGAAAUGAAUUGUCAAGUGACAUUGAAAAUUAGCUGAAAAUUAAAACAAUUAAUUGAACGAAUGAUUUCAGAUAAUAUUAUUUCAUAAUUUACAAUUGUUUAAUUGACACAUUCCUCACAACAGACAAUUUCAUAAUUUAUUAUGAAAAUUAUUGAACGCAAGAUUAUCGAGCUUCAGCGAGCAUUUUCAAAUGAAAUAAAACCAAACGAUGAUUGCAUGAAACAUAAUUAAGGACGUAAUUACUAUGAUUAAUUAUCAAGCAAGGGGAGAAGGGGAUUUGGUGAAAGAAUACUACGAGUUUUUUAAAACUAGUUUAUUAAUGAUGAUUUAUCAUUUACGUACUUACGAGAGAUACUCGUUACAAUUCACUCAUUUAUCAUUUAUAAUUAAUUUUAAAGUACAUUCCGAGGAGUUUCUUUCGUGCCAUUCAUGUUUUUAAUUCAAUUACUUAUUAAUUAACUAAAAUUUAUGAUUAAUUCUCGCAUUCAUUCACCGAUCUCCAUGAAAAUAAUGACGAUUUAAAAGCCAUUUUGUAAUGUAUGAAAGAAGAAUUUCAAGAUAUGAUAUUAAAUGCUUCCAUUUCGUGUACUAUUACAAAUUAUUGAUUGAUGAAGAAAGAGGAAUUUAUAUUAUUUAAUCAGUUCCUGGACGUUAUAUGAGGGAAAGAGAGAGAGAGAGAGAGUGGGGGGGGGGGAGAGAGAGAGAGAUAAUUAAAUAUAUUUAAUAUCGUCCAGUCCACGAUUGAUUGAAUAAACGAGGGAAUAUUAUUACGAAUAAUACUCGAGAAUGUAUUUUAUAACAAUUUAUUCGUCUCCUUUUUCAUUUAAAAAAUAAACGCGAUAAAUUAUGAUGAUAAUGUACAGCAAGUGAUCAAUGAUUUUACUAAACGACAUUGAACGAACACUGAAUUAAUAACGAUAAUUAUUGAAUUUUCAUUGAUAAUCAGGUAUUUAAAAAUUCUGAUAUAUUGUAUUUCCCCAUUUCGUAGAAGCUUCGGUUAUCCGCGACAGGCAUCGUGUUCAUCUAAGCUACCUAUAAUUAAUAAAAAAUGAAAGCAACAUUUGAUGCUUGGAAUACUCUCUAUUAUAGUGUUAACACUUAAGAAAUAUAUUUUUAUAUAAUUAUAAUAUAAUAUUAUAUACCGGUAGUGGGCAGGAUUGGAUAAUGACGUCAUGGUUGGAUAUUACAGUUGGAAAAAAAAUGUUUUUCUUUCAUUUUGUGAAGCAAAAAAAUUAUGGUAAUGACUCAGUUCUCGAUCGAUAAUUUUUUUUUCAAUUGAUUUUAUAUUCUUGUGGUUAAACGUUCGAUUUCAAGUGAAUGGCAGAUCUUCCUGGUUUCAACAGAUACAUUUUUAAUGACAAUAAAUGCAGAUUAAUGGAUUUCGAAGAAUUUAAAAAAGUAUUAAAUACGUGAAUGUUCAAGGAUGAUAAAAUGAUGAUGGAUAGAGAAAAAAAAUGAAAACAGAAUUUUUACGAAUUGUUGAAGCAACGAUUAAAGCACCAUACGAUGCCUUCCGUGAACGACCGAGCUUGCCUAGUUGCAAAAAAAAUGGAAACGAUGCAAAUUUUAUAUUUAAUGACAGGAGUUAUCGUUGAUACAGUAUUUUUCAACGAAACUGUUGUUCUCUAAUUUUUUGGACAUUACGCAUUAACUGUUGGUUACGCAAUUGAGCUUUCCAUGAUGAAUAAUUAAUAAGGAAACAUUAGGGCAGGAUAUAGAGUGAUUAGAAGGCAACAGGAAUCGAUAAAAAAUAUUAAAAUGUGAGAAAAAAAAUUGUUGUGAAUUCUCAGCACGAAGGUGGAAAAAUAAAUCGGAAAAAUUGUGCAUUUCACUAGAAAUGAGUGAGGGCUGAAGAGGAUUUGGAAGAAAUAAAUAAUUGUAAUAAAUAUUUGAAAAUCCGAAGUGGAUGUGUUGUCAUCUGGUGAGCUUCUGGUUACAUUUACUGAAAAAAUUCAUUCAGUUUGUCGGAAAAAUUUGGUUAAGGGCCAAAAAUCCCGAGUUAGGGCUUUAAAAGUUUGAUAUGAAGCACCGCCAUCUUAAAAGUCCCUCGGGCUGAGGGUGUUGAUGUCGUUGUCAGCUGCAUUACUUUCUAUUCAAACAUUUAUGACUUUUCCAUCUAAAGGGUUGGAAAAGCGUAACAAAAUUCUCUCACAUCUAUAAAAAUGAAUUCGACCGCGUUGAAGGUGGUGCCUUGGGAGAGAAAAUGGCGCCUUUAUCAACAGUGAUAACUUCGUAUUGACAUUACGCAUUAAAUUCCUAGGAAAAAAAAUAAAAAAAGCAAUACGACUCAAAGAAAAACACAAAUCGCAUGAAAAAUGGCCAGUAAAUCUUUGAUAUUGUCCGCUGAGAUUUCGUGACGUCCUUUUUUCUCUUCAUUUUAUUAAUUAAUAAUUCCUGAGGCCUCUGAAGUCAUACAUUUUACAUAUAAAAUACUGGGAAUACGACAGACAAUAAUAUACCGCUGUUUCACUCUAGAUUAAAUGAAAAAAACAUACUAGACGCGUAGAUUUUAACGAAGAACAUUAAGUAUACACGUAAAAAUAAAUAAAAACUCAGAGUAUAAAUAGAGAAUGGUAUAUAUUAUAUACAUGCGUUAAACGCAAAUUUGGGGGUUGAUGCGAGACGAUUAGAAUUACGCUGGUUUUUGGAUGGAAUAAGGACGUUUUUUUUGCCAUCUCCUCGUUCCAUUCGAUCAUUACUGAACCGAAGAUAUAUAAUGAGCAAUAUAAACCAAAGCCAAAUGACAAAGUUGCGUUAAAAUUUAUAGUAAAUAAUUUGUAUAAUUUAAAUGAUAACAUAUUGUCGACAAUUGCUGUUUGCAGCAUUGAAAUGCCCAGUGAUUCGAAAUAUCGAAUAAAAAAUGAGGAAAUAACGAAUAAUAAUAAUUGUAUUGUGACAACGUUCCAUCCAUAAUUAAAUAAUGAAAAAAAAACAUGAAAAUGAAAAAAAAAAUAUUAUACAGUUGGGCCGACUAUUCCGCCAGUUCGUGCCUUUUUUCUGCAGGGAGAGUGGUCUUUUUCGAAUUCUGAUUCUGUGUAUUGGCCACUGUGUGAGUGAUUUAAUGCAGGAAUUUAAUAUUAAAAUGACCUAAGGAAUGAAAUCUAUUAUAUAUGUCUAAUCUUAAUUCAAUGUGAGGCCAACGAGUGAGUAAGAAAAUUUGUUUUCUCAGUUGCAUAGGGAAAAACAUGAAAUUCCAUUGAAUAUGAUUUUUCAUUUGAUUGGUGGAGAUGCAAAUUACUAGUGAAUGACGUGAUGUGCAAGCAGUUUAUUAUUUUAAGAUGAACAUGUUAAUGAUCCUGAUUAGAAUAAUAUUUUUCCAUAAAUUCAAAACGCGUCUGCAUGAUUAAUGGGUCAAAACAAAUGAUAAAUUUAAUGAUGGGUCUGAUUAUCUCUGUAUAUUUUUCAUUCCAUUUGCAAAAUGUUUUCAACGCUCAUUAGAGCAUACCUCACGAGAUUCUUUUUUAGGAAUGAGAAUUUUGUGGAUUAGUGCAUUAGCCGCAAUAUUGUACAUUACAUUUAACAGAAUGCAUUUCUUUUUACUUUGAUUUACGUUUUAUUCUAUGUGGCUCGUUUGUAAUGGUGUAAUUUACCUUCGUUGGAUUAAACAAAAUACCUUGGUAUAUUAUUAUAUUGAACAAAAUAUUGUCAUUCUGUCGAAUAAAGAUGAAUGAUUUAUAAA